AUGUCGACUCCAACUUCUAUAGCACGUACUGCCCCAAUUGCCAUUGCUUCCAAGAAACCUCAUCUAGAUACAAUUCUCGAUACUCCCAACAAUUCAUCAAACGGCAGAGAUAUCUCUAGUUUGUCAACGAGUAUGAGUAGUGUGACAUCGAUGGAUCUAGGAAAUAACAUGAGAAGUCGAAAGGAUAGACCGUGUGAUGCUUGUAGGAGGAGGAAGAGUAGAUGUGUGAUCAAUGAGGGGCAGUCCACGUGUGUUCUUUGUCAAUUUCAUUCUCAGGACUGCACCUUCCUGUCAAGUCCGCAGCCUAGGAAGAGAAAAUUGAAUACGGAUGGGAAGGAAGAAUCCAUUGCUAAAAGAAGAUCUCCUGAUAGGAACUUCGAAAGGUCCAGACCCCACGAGGCUAGCAUAUCUAGCACCGGUGCUACCAAUUCACUGACCGAGGAUUUGGCAAAUAUUGGGGGCCCAACGUUGUUAAAGCGAACAUUGGGGUUACAGCAUGAUCGAUUCAGUCAAUAUAUUGGUCCAACUACAGACUUCGAGCCUUCACUCAUUGAUUUAUCACCAUUUGAUCCACAAGAUGAGAGUUUGUUAUCGAGAGGAACAUUAAGAAAAGUAAGCGAUGUUGAUACGUUUUUAAUGCUUCCGGAUCAUACGACUCCCGGCCAUGAACAUCAAAUUGAAGAUGUGGAUGCGAUUGAAGAUCUGGUGGCGCCACACGGUCCCAUACUGCUGGAUUUAUAUUUCCGUAUCAUUCAUCCAAAUUUUCCCAUCCUUCAGAAGAACGUAUUUUGGGAGAAGUACAACAGAUCUUACCGAGAAUUUUCUCCACCUCUUUUGGCUGCCGUAUAUAUUCUUGCGAUCAAUUGGUGGGACCACAGUGAAGAACUUGCACAUCUGCCUAGGCCCGACCUUAAGGAACUGGAAAGAUUAGCAAGAGUGACAUUGUCGGAUGCCAUGAACAGACCCAAACUAUCGACCGUACAAGCCGGACUCUUACUAUCCCAAGCACCAGAAGGUGAUCAAUGGGCACCAACCGCACAACUCGUAGCAAUUUCCCAAGAAUUAGGUCUUCAUCUCGACUGUUCAAAUUGGAAAAUUCCGCCAUGGGAGCGCGGACUCCGCAAACGUCUCGCUUGGGCACUAUAUAUGCAAGAUAAAUGGGGAUCGUUAGUGCAUGGACGUCCGUCGCAUAUUUUCGCUACGAAUUGGGCUGUUCUUCCCUUAUCCCAGAAUGAUUUUCCGGAUAUUGAACAUGAUGAGACUAAUGAUGAGCAAAGUGCCGAACACGAUCGCGGCAGACAACUUUUCUGUCAAAUGAUAGCCCUCUCUCUGAUUCUCUCCGAAGUUUUAGAUACCUUCUACACGCUAUCCGCUAUGUCUAAUGUGGCCAAUGCUGGAGCCCAAGGCACAGUACUUGUCCUUCAGCUCGCGAAGCCCGUACAGCUCAAACUCAAAGAUUGGUAUUCGGCACUACCUGCCUGUCUCCGUAUGGACGCUCCUCCCACCUCUUCGAAAUUAUCCUUAUCCUCCACCGGAUUCCUGCAUCUCGCGUAUUUUGCGACGGAAAUCACCCUUCAUCGUCGCAUCAUCCGUUCCUUGAUGCCUCCUCCGAACUCCUCGCAUGCCCACAUUAAAAUCGAAGGGCAGUCAUCUCCUGUCCAGCCAGAUCCUUACAUCCAGCACAUUUGCCGUAGUGCAGCAAAAACCCGCUUAAUAUCCGCCAUGGAUUUUGUGAACCGACUCACGACUAGUCAUUUGAGGUCCUUCUGGUACUUCGCAAGUAAGACGAACUUUGCGCUGAUAGGAACUUUUGGUUCGUUGUUGUGGGCGACGGCGCCAGGAAGAGAGGAGGCUGAGUGGUAUAGAAGGAGGUUAGGAGAAUACAGGUGGACUUUAGGAGUCAGCUGUAAAGGAGGCGAGCUGACAAGAUGGGCCAUGGGUAUGUUGGAUACGAGUACAGGGUUGUUAAAGGGAUUGCCGGAGAAACCAGCUUUGAGUAGAGUGGGAAGUGUAGGAGAAGGAAUGGAGGCAAAUGGGGGCCCAAGAAGAGUGUCUGGCAAUCCGUUAGGAUUUGUAGGCGGAAGUCUACCCACUGGAUUUGGAAGUAUAGGAAUUGGGAUGGGACUUGGAUGCGGUACUGGAUUUGGAAUUGAGGGGACAGGAAGUAGGACUAAUGGGAGAAUAGCCACUAGUAUUGAUGAGGAAAUGACAGGUUUAGCAGAAAGCAGUGGGUUAGUAAGCCCAAGUACGAGUGUUAGUAGUAGCGAGGAGAGUAGAGGCGAACGUUACGACGGUUACAUAUUGCCCCAUCCGAGGUUUGUGGACGAGAGGUAUCAGGAUUGA